AGUGAACAUUGAGUAGAUACUAUUGAAUAAUGAAGCUGUUUCUCCCACUUUGUGUUAUCUUUGCUUUGGCCUUAAGCCAAGUCAGUGCUAAUUGCUCAGCUGAUUGUCCCGAUACGGAGGAGGUGGUCUGGGCUUUGGGUGCCGGAUGUAAUGUGUUCCGCAACAAGUGCUACUUCGACAAGGAGAAUUGCCAUCGCAAGCCACCUCUAACUAUUACCACCAAGGAGGAAUGCCAGAAAUUCUGCGCGGAUGCCUGUAUUCAAAUCUAUCAACCUGUUGGUGGCACUUACCGUGGCCAAACCAGGACUUUUGGCAAUCAAUGUGAGAAAAAUGCCCACAUCUGCAGAACAGGAGAAACUUUUUUGUAAAACUGAGACCCAGCUAAAGAGUUCAGGCAGUGGGAUGAGCAUUUUCAAAGCAGUUACCUUUGGAAUAAAAUGAAUUAUAAAAAAACUUGUUUUCUUUGUUGUUUGUCAUUAAGUUUGAGGGGCUCGUUUAGUGUAAAAAUACAUUUGCAUAUGUAGAUUAGUUUAAAAUGAUUUACUAAAUAUAUAUAAAAUGAGUUUUUAUUAGCACUCUGCAGGGUCAAA